GAUUUUUUUUUCUUUUCCUCCCAAGCCCGAAGCUCAUAUCACAUCCUGAAUUAGUCGAGCUGGGGUUUCCAAGGGCGCGCGACCCACGGCAAAACAGGGUCGGAGCCACCACUCUUGGAUCGUUCUUGCAUCAGUUUUCAUAAGCCUUGCUUUUGCCUCCCACACCAUCCCGUGCUCCUCCUCUUCCCGUAAAAAAUCUGUUAGCUCAUUUGAUUACCUCACCCCCGUUCCAUCUCCGGGCUGUUCAUUGCACCUUCAUCCCUUAUCUCUGUUUCCUGUUGUCAACUAUCUCUCUGUUUUACGUGUUGGAUAUCAGCUCACCUCACGCGGCGCGCGCGCGUAUCGUUGUUUUACCCCUGGUCGCGUAUCUCGACAAUCGAACCCUUAUCGGCGCUUAUGCCAGGAACAUUGCAUUAGACUCGGUUGCGUGGAGAAGGAAUGGGCUCUGUCGCCAACACCGACGUCACGCUACCCGACGCUGUGGUGCCAAAACGGGAGUCGAGUGGUGAACGAUAUUCUUCCUCGUCAGCCUCGACCCCGGAGGCGGCAGACGACGCAGGAGGCGACGAAGGCCACAGCUCCAAGGAGCCAGCGCCUGCGCCGAAGCGUAAAGGAGGUAGAAAGCCGAUUUAUGCGACCUCAGAGGAACGCAAACAGCGUAACCGUCAGGCUCAGGCGGCUUUUCGCGAACGACGGACCGAGUACAUCAAACAACUCGAGUCAACCAUUCAGCACCAUGAGGAGACGCUCCAGAAUCUCCAGCAGAGUCACCGUGCUGCGGCCGACGAGUGUCUAAUGCUUCGGUACAAAAACUCGCUCCUAGAACGGAUUCUGCUUGAAAAAGGCAUCGACGUCCAAGCCGAACUCGCGCUCAAAGGGAGUCCCACCCUUCGACCACAUCGCGCGCCUCCCAUCACUGGGCAGGCUUCGCCAAUGCAAAAGGCCAUGCUCAGCAGACAGCAAGCAAGGCCUCGAACCACGAUGGCACCCCCAACUCAGACUGUAAAUCCUCCUUCCCAUGUUGGAGGCACGCGAAAUUUCGCAGGCUCACCCACAGCACAGCCCACUCCUCCUUCACAGCACUCCUCACCUUCCACAGCAAGAUCGCCUGGUUUUGCUUUGCAAGGUGGGAUGACUUCACCCGCGAUGGACAUGGCAACUCAGACACCUCAACAGCAGCUGCAGGCCCGAACCUUACCUCCACCGCAUCGCAGCUCGUUUCUUGCGCAGUCUAGGCACCAAGGACAUCCUAUGUCCGGACCGAGCACAUCGCAAGCUUAUCCUCCACGAACCCAACAAGAGAGCUACUAUCCAGCCUCUUUCCAGAAACAUUACACUCAACUCGGCAAGCUGACCCGUUCCAUUGUCCCCCUUCUUCCGCUUGUGGAGCUUUGUUCGUCCUAGACUGAUUCCGUGAGUACAGAGCAGGAGUACGAUGCGCAAGCCAGUAUCAUGGACGAUCUGGACGGCGACGACGUCGAUACCGAUAGCUUCAUCCCCAACUUUCGUCUUCCUCCCACCACGACGACAGCAGGCAUGUCCAUGGGCAUGCAGGCAUCGCCUCCAACGACCACUAGUGCGGCUAGUGACGGCGGCGGGGGAGGCGGAGGCGGCGGCAUUGUCAUCGAUCCAUACGAUCCCAUGCUGGAUGCCGACCCUUUCGGUCUGACUGCCAGCAUGCAUUUUCCCAACCCUUAUCCCUAUCCGCCUACACACGCCAGAAGGUGAAAAUGUGGGCCUUUUGUCACGAAAAAAACCUUUCCUCAUUGCUAUCUCAGCAUGAGUAUCAUCAUUCAUGAGUAUUCACAAAAUGGGCAUUUAGCGACGGUGCAUUUGCUUGCCAGCUGGGGGGCAUGAGGCUGAAGGUGACGGGUUUUCUGCGUGUAUGCACGCACCAUUUUGUUUCCAAGCGACACGCAAGUUUUAUGACCGCGGGAGAUUUUACUGCUUCCCUGUAGAUACCUAUUGCACGAACCCCUGAAAACGUUUAUAAUGCC